GAAAGUGGAUUUCGGAAACAAAAGGAGCGUCUGAGGACUGUAGAUCAGCUGGAAAGAAGCCUAAAAGCAGAAGAGGAUUGCGCAGAAUACCUAUCACAAAGAGCUCCCUGACCUGGACACAAUGGGAUUGCUGUUUCUGGUCAUGCUCCUGAGCCUUUCUGCUCCCAAAGCCAGCUGUGCAGAUUGUGUGUCCUGGUGCUUCUCCUGUGCCAUGCAGCUACGCUUCACCAACACCCGCUUCAACCCACUGGUCUGCUCCUUACAGUGUGAAGGCUCACUGUCAUCUAUUACAGAGUGGGAACGGUGUGAAAAGAUCCUUUCGCCUGCCGGAAGCAUUCUUGAAGUCUCCAAAAGGGAACAGGAGCGAGUACCCACCUCUGCAGAUCUUCUGGAAGUGCCAGAAAAGCGAUAUGGAGGGUUUAUGAAGAAACUGGAUAAGAACAAGUUCUUCUUCAGCUCCCCGAAACGAGAGGGCAGCAUCUUCCGAGGCGAAGACGGCAAGGCCUAUGGCAAUCUCCUGCCCAAGUAUGGAGAGAGGGACAUCUUGGAGACAGCUGACCCAGAGCAGGAGACAGAGAUCAGUGAGGAGUCAGAGGAACACAACCAGGCGUGGAGCACAAAGGAUGACAAAAAGCGUUACGGGGGGUUCCUACGCAAGUACCCCAAGAGAAGCAUGGAGAAUUUACAGGGCGCAGACUUGAAGAGGAGAUUCCUGGAUCCAGAGAUUUCCCCGGAUCAAGGGCUGGAGGAAGUGGAGACAGAGCAGGGGGUAGAAACAGAGCAUGGAGUGGCAGAGCUUCAGAAACGCUAUGGCGGGUUCAUGCGCAGGAUCCGGCCCAAGUUAAAGUGGGACAAUCAGAAAAGGUAUGGCGGAUUUCUCAGGCGCCAGUUUAAGGUCACAGCGAGAUCAGAAGAGGAGCCCAGCACCUUUUCAGGGGAGUUGUCUGAUCUUUAAGAUAUAGUCGUGUGUAACCAGGAGGUGGUGGAAAGAGCAAACCCAGCUCAGAUCCUUAAAUACUGCUCGCUUCACUUUUCCUUGCUUUAGUUAAUGUGGACCUGUCCCCUGUAUACAGCCAAGGCAGACGUUCUGUGGGCUGGAUCAAUUAAGCAGCAUCAGUUCACUAGAAUUUCUAGUCAAUAGACCACAUACCACAAUGAGAUUACACAAUGGCUGCCUCCAUUGUCUAUAGAACAU